CCGCGCGCGGUCACGUGACCCGGCCCGAGUGCGGGCGGUGGAAGGCGGAAGUGGGAGAGGAGUUAGGCACCGCUUCUGUGGCCGCGGCAGGUGAGACAGGAAGGCUAGUGGGGGCUAGUCAGGAAAAUUCCCUUCUACCAGUUUCAUGGUGAUGAUAUGGCAUCUGCCAGUUCCAGCCGGGCAGGAGUGGCCCUGCCUUUUGAGAAAUCUCAGCUUACUUUGAAAGUGGUGUCAGCAAAGCCCAAGGUGCAUAAUCGUCAACCUCGAAUUAACUCCUACGUGGAGGUGGCGGUGGAUGGACUCCCCAGUGAGACCAAGAAGACCGGGAAGCGCAUUGGGAGCUCUGAACUUCUCUGGAAUGAGAUCAUCAUUCUGAAUGUCACGGCCCAGAGUCAUUUAGAUUUGAAGGUCUGGAGCUGCCAUACCUUGAGGAAUGAACUGCUAGGCACCGCCUCUGUCAACCUCUCCAACGUCCUGAAGAACAAUGGGGGCAAAAUGGAGAACACGCAGCUGACCCUGAACCUGCAGACGGAGAACAAAGGCAGCGUUGUCUCGGGCGGGGAGCUGACAAUUUUCCUGGACGGGCCGACUGUUGAUCUGGGAAGUGUGCCUAAUGGCAGUGCCGUGACGGAUGGAUCACAGCCGCCUUCCAGAGAAUCCAGUGGGACAGCUGUAGCCCCAGAGAACCGGCACCAACCCCCCAGCACAAACUGCUUUGGUGGGAGAUCCCGGACGCACAGACAUUCAGGUGGUUCAGCCAGAACAACCACAGCAACCAGCGAGCAAAGCCCUGGUACAAGGAGCCGGCACCGCCAGCCCAUCAAGAACUCAAGCCACAGUGGCCUGGCCAAUGGCACAGUGAAUGAUGAACCCACAGCAGCCACGGAUCCUGAAGAACCUUCUGUUGGUGUGACGUCCCCACCUGCUGCGGCCUUGAGUGUCACCCCGAACCCCAACACGACGUCUCUCCCUGCUCCUGCCACACCGGCUGAAGGAGAGGAGCCCAGCACGUCCAGCACACAGCAGCUCCCGGCAGCCACCCAGGCCCCUGAUGCUCUGCCUGCUGGAUGGGAACAGCGAGAGCUGCCCAAUGGACGUGUCUAUUAUGUUGACCACAAUACCAAGACCACCACCUGGGAGCGGCCCCUUCCUCCAGGCUGGGAAAAACGCACGGAUCCCCGAGGCAGGUUUUACUAUGUGGACCACAACACUCGGACCACCACCUGGCAGCGCCCCACAGCUGAGUACGUGCGCAACUACGAGCAGUGGCAGUCACAGCGGAAUCAGCUCCAGGGGGCCAUGCAGCACUUCAGCCAAAGAUUCCUCUACCAGUCUUCAAGCGCUUCGACUGACCAUGAUCCCCUGGGCCCCCUCCCUCCUGGCUGGGAGAAGAGACAGGACAAUGGACGGGUGUAUUACGUGAACCAUAACACUCGCACGACCCAGUGGGAGGAUCCUCGGACCCAGGGGAUGAUCCAGGAACCAGCUCUGCCCCCAGGGUGGGAGAUGAAAUACACCAGUGAGGGGGUGCGGUACUUUGUGGACCACAAUACCCGCACCACCACCUUUAAGGACCCGCGCCCAGGAUUUGAGUCGGGGACGAAGCAGGGUUCUCCUGGUGCCUAUGACCGAAGUUUCCGGUGGAAAUAUCACCAGUUCCGUUUCCUCUGCCAUUCAAAUGCCUUACCCAGCCAUGUGAAGAUCAGUGUGUCCAGGCAGACGCUUUUUGAGGAUUCUUUCCAACAGAUCAUGAACAUGAAGCCCUAUGACCUGCGCCGACGGCUCUACAUCAUCAUGCGUGGCGAGGAGGGCCUGGACUAUGGCGGCAUUGCCAGAGAGUGGUUUUUCCUCCUGUCCCACGAGGUGCUCAACCCGAUGUACUGCUUGUUUGAAUACGCCGGGAAGAACAAUUACUGCCUGCAGAUCAAUCCUGCCUCCUCCAUCAACCCUGACCACCUCACCUACUUCCGCUUCAUUGGCAGAUUCAUCGCCAUGGCCCUGUACCACGGCAAGUUCAUCGAUACAGGCUUCACCCUCCCUUUCUACAAGCGGAUGCUCAACAAGAGACCCACCCUGAAAGACCUGGAAUCCAUCGACCCUGAGUUCUACAACUCCAUUGUCUGGAUCAAAGAGAACAACCUGGAAGAGUGUGGCCUGGAGCUGUACUUCAUCCAGGACAUGGAGAUCCUGGGCAAGGUGACAACGCACGAGCUGAAGGAAGGCGGGGAGAGCAUCCGGGUUACAGAGGAGAACAAGGAGGAGUACAUCAUGCUGCUGACCGACUGGCGUUUCACUCGAGGCGUGGAAGAGCAGACCAAAGCCUUCCUGGAUGGCUUCAACGAGGUGGCCCCACUGGAGUGGCUGCGCUACUUUGAUGAGAAAGAGCUGGAGCUGAUGCUGUGUGGCAUGCAGGAGAUAGAUAUGAACGACUGGCAGAAGAACACUAUCUACCGGCACUACACCAAGAACAGCAAGCAGAUCCAGUGGUUCUGGCAGGUGGUAAAGGAGAUGGACAAUGAGAAGAGGAUCCGGCUGCUGCAGUUUGUUACCGGGACCUGCCGCCUGCCCGUUGGGGGCUUUGCUGAGCUCAUCGGUAGCAAUGGACCACAGAAGUUUUGCAUUGACAAGGUUGGCAAGGAAACCUGGCUGCCCAGAAGCCACACCUGCUUCAAUCGUCUGGACCUCCCACCCUACAAGAGCUACGAGCAACUGAGAGAGAAGCUGCUGUAUGCCAUCGAGGAGACUGAGGGCUUUGGGCAGGAGUAAUCGAGGCCGCCUCUCCCACGCCCCCCAGUGCACUCACAGUCCUAAGCCCUUCCUGCCUGAGAGGCCAUUGGCCCUACAGCCCUUGGGGGCCGGGGCCCCUGUGGAUGAUGACCUGCGUGGGACCACACUGUCAUCACGCUGGUGGCAGAAGAGCCUGGCCCCAAGAGGCCCUGCAGCCUCCCUGACCCAUGAGUGGCAAUCUGGAAUAAACCCCCCCAGUCACCUUUGGCCUGGCCACCCUUUGCAAAGUCCAGAGGGCUGACCCUCUCUGCAAAACCCUCCCCCUUCCUAGGCCCAGCCCUGUGUGUGCGUGAGUAGGCAAGGGAGUCAUCGUGUCUCAAGGGCUGUGGCAGCAGUCGGCCUCAUGGGCUAGUUAGGGAGAAGUUUGGCCACUUGGGGUGGCCAUUCUGGACUGAGUAAGCCAAGGUUCCUUGUCAGUAGAAGAGGUUCUGUCUUCAGUAGAAUUUUUCCAGUGAGAUAGGAAUCUGAGGGAGAGGACUUGACCAUGGCCGCCUCCACUUCCCUCUCUAGCAGUCUCCAGCUGUGGAGGCUGAGCAGCAGGGCUCAGUACCGGCCAGUUCAUUGUUUCUCAGAAGAUAAAACAUUGUCCACACUGCCUGGGUGUCAGUAGGAUAGAGACAGCAUCAGACUUCGUCCCUCAGACUCUGUCCGUUCCUUAACUCGAAGGGUGUGUUUAGGGUUGCUCUUUGGGUUUUUUUGGUUGCUGCUGUCACUUUCCAUCAAGGAGCUGGUGCCCCCGGGGUCCUGGGACCUUGAGGGUCACAGCCCCGUUGGUCUGAGAGUUUCCCAAACAGCUGCUUCUCUCAGGAACCCACUUAGUGGUUCUGUGAGCUUCUCAGUGGUCUCGUCCCUGAACUUUCAGAGAGAAAAGGGGAUGGGGCCUGAGCACCACUCUUGACCUCACAGCCUUUGGCAGAGAAGAAAUCCCUUUGCUAGCUGCAGUCCCCUGGGCAGCCCCCAGGAAUGGGGCACAUGGGUCUGACGGUGUUUCUCGCUGAUCCCUGAAGCGCUGGUGGGCCUCUCAGUCCCAUUUAGAGUACAGUGCAUCCUGGCCAGCUGACUAUUAGUUCUGCAUAGAUGUGUGGCUUUAUCUGCACACAGGAGAUGGAGACCAGCAAAAGGGCCCUGAGCUGCUGCACAGCCUGGCCUGAUUUCUGGAGUCCCUGCCAGCUUGCCAUGGGGGUUCUGCCAUUUCUUGAACAUUUCAAGGUGAACGUGCUCCCCUGGGAGGCUGGAGUAGUGACCGUCGCAGACUCCCCAUUCCAGGCCCCGGGAUUCUGUUCCGAGCACCAACUGCAGAUCGACCUCCUAGGACCUAGGCAGGCUCUCAGACUGGUCACGGGGGCCUCCCAAGGGCAGCCUUGCGUUCCCAGGUCCUUUUCCUGAGGUGCGGCCGUGUCCGCCUGUGUCACGUGUGCUGAUCUGAGUGGUGCAGCUCGCUGCAGCUCAGCCCCUCCUCUCCCUGCUGCGCUUUCUGUGGGUGGGUCAUGUGUGAGCUGCUGUGUGAGGUCUGGAGGCAUCAGACUGACGGGUGUUCCUGUGUGUUGGUGUAUGUGCACGUGCAUACGUGUAUAUAACGGAAGUGUUCGUACGGAAUGCCCUUCAGUUGUGCUGGGUUGGCCACCAAGUUGUUUUGUAAUGCCCACCCUUGCCUCGGUAUUGCCAGUUUCUUGUGCAAUAAACAAUCAGCAGCU